AUGGAGAUUCCCUCAGGAGUAAGAAAAGGCACGUGGUCUAAAGAAGAAGAUGAUCUUCUAAGAGCAUGCAUCCAACGUCACGGUGAAGGAAAAUGGCGCCUAGUUCCUCAAAGAGCAGGCUUGAAUAGAUGCCGGAAAAGUUGUAGACUGAGGUGGAUAAACUACUUAAAGCCAGACAUCAAGAGAGGAAACUUCACUGAGGAUGAAGCUGAUAUGAUAAUGAGGUUCCAUAGACUCUUGGGAAACAGAUGGUCGCUGAUUGCUGCGAGGUUUCCCGGAAGAACAUCAAAUGACGUGAAGAAUUACUGGAACACCCACAUACGAAAGAAGCUGCGACGGUCUGAGGAGAAACAAGAGACGACCAGCAUGAUGAAAAGCCACAAAGUAAUAAGGCCCCGACCUCUGACUUUGUCCAGAAACUGGUCAAGGCCGAGUAGAGAGGGAUUAUCUGAAGAAGGAGCUGCGAAUACUUGUGAUAAUAAUGAUACUCAUAAAAGUGAACAAAGUAGUUGGAGAUCAGACAAGGCUAUAAUGGCGAGUGAUGACAGUGACAGUAAGAAUAGGAAGAGUGAGAGUAGUGAAGGGGCGGGUGUAGGUGGGGACUCUUCAGCGUAG